GCGGGAGAGGAAAACAUCGUCGGUCUGUGGGCGACAUUGCCUCUCCAGUGGAUUGAGUGACAGUUGUUGCACGGAUCGACACCUUUGAUUCUCUAUCCGGUGAAGUUCAUCACCUGGAGAAAUGGCUCGAACCGCAAGUGGGUGAUCCUCAUCGUGCCGACGUCAUUGCUCAAGGGAUGAAGUCCACGCUGCUACGACCGAAGAACCUUUGCGUUCUGCUCAUCCUGCUGGUUGUGGCCACUCUGAUCCUAUGCUUUCAAUACCAAAAUACCAGCUUACGCGAUUGGUACGCUUCGCCAAGGCUAGAGGAACCGAAAAAAUCAGAGUCCGAUGGAUAUCGACAGCCGCCGGAAUCUAUCGUCGAUCCCAACUCUCUGGACCAGCCAGUGGAGAAAGUCCCGGUUUCUUUCACCGCGAUCCGGGUUGAUGAUCCGCCGAGCAAGGAGAGCUCCACGAAAGCGCUCCCCCCGAUAAUCGACUUCGAAUCCCCCAAGAGGAAGUCAGACUUCUGUUCAGCGAAACUCUCCAAAAGCAAAGUGGACAUCGACACUGUGGAAAGCUAUAAGACCCUAGAGUUCUCGAAAUACGAUAUGAAUUUCUGGAACUCUCAAUGGGAAGAGCGCUAUCUGAAGAUCAAGUCUGAUCCUCAGAAGCCUCCCUUGAAGGUCAUAGUUGUCCCGCACUCCCACAACGACCCCGGCUGGCUCCGGACAUUCGAUGAUUACUUCCAACGCCAGACGGCUCCGAUAUUAGACAACAUGCUUGCGUUCUUGAGUUCUCACCAGGACUUCAAGUUCGUUUGGUCCGAAAUGUCCCUCUUCGCCCGCUGGUGGCAAAGGUUACAGAAUCGACCCAAUGCGAAACCCCAGGUCGUGGAUCUCAUUGAGCGCGGUCAGCUCGAGCUCCUGACCGGCGGGUGGGUGAUGACGGAUGAGGCUGGAGUGAAUUUGUAUGCGAUGCUGGAUCAAUUGAUCGAAGGUCAUCAAUGGAUCCGCUUCCAUCUCGGUGAGAAGGCCCUGCCAAAGAACGGCUGGUCCAUCGAUCCUUUCGGCCACGGUAACGCCGUGCCCUACCUGCUGAGACGCUCUGGAAUCCACAACACGUUCAUCCAACGCACUCACUAUGCGUGGAAAAGUCUCUUGACCGAUCGACGGCAGCUCGAGUUUCUUUGGGAAACAAUUUUCAAAAGGAAGACCGCAUCGCCAGAAGCAAUCAUGUGCCACAUGGCCCCAUUCGAUCUCUACUCGAUCAAGCACGCUUGUGGGCCUGACAAACAGACCUGUCUCCGUUUCGAUUAUCGUAGGCUCUCUGGAGAAUACUCAGAGAGCAGGAGCGAACCGGUCUCCGACAAGAAUAUCCACAGCCAAGCAACAGCGAUGUUGGGUCAAUAUGGCCGCUUGGCAUCCUUCUUCGAACACAACAUCGCUUUGGUCCUGCUGGGCGAUGACUUUAGAUUCGAUCACUCAUUGGAGUGGGAGCAACAAUACGACAACUACAAUAAAAUCAUCAAUUACGUGAACGAUCACAGCGCGGUUUUCGGUGACGCUCAUAUGUCAUUCGGAACGCUGGCUGACUACUGGAACGAGGUCUACAAACGCCAGAAGGAGUUUCCGAAACUUUCGGGGGAUUUCAUGCCGUACAGCGAUGUCUACUCCGAAGGUCUGCCCAAUUAUUGGACGGGUUACUACACGACGCGACCAUUCCUCAAACAACUGUCACGAGAAGUUCAACAUUACUUGCGCGCAGCGGAGAUUCUCUUCACUUUGGGGAGGCGGAGCCUCCUCAGCGGUGGGAAUGAGCAGCUGCGGUCCCGACUCGAUGCGGAUUACCGCGCGCUGACUACGGCGCGGAACCAGCUUGGAAUUUUCCAACAUCACGACGCCGUGACCGGAACGUCGAAAGAUUUCGUCAUGAAAGACUACGGAGCGCGCUUGUUCGUGGCUCUCACGAACGUCCAAUCGAUUAUCGCUCAUCUGGUUCAGUACCUACAGGUCAAGAACAAACCUCGAUAUCAACCUCUGGGAGCAAACAACUCCUCUCAGCAACCUUUCUCGACGUAUCUACAAUUCAGCGAAAAGAAGCAGUCGUACGAAACGCUCCCGGUCCGGAUGCCGCUCAGAAUUAGCCCGCGACAGCCGAAUGUACUCGUAGUGUACAAUAGUCACGGUCACGUCGUCCAGGACGUGAUUCGAUGCGUCGUCACACAACCCGUCCAGAAAGUCGUCGGUCCAGGAAACAAAGAAUUCGUCUUCCAGCUGAAUCCAAUCUGGGAGUACAGUGCGGAAAUUAAUGCGGAUAUGUACGAGCUCGUGUUCAUCGGAGACCUGGCACCUCUAUCGACGACGACUUUCGAAAUCCAUGGACUGGCCGCCGGAGAGACUUCCAAAAUCCCCGCAGUGAGCGUGAAACUCUUUCUGUCAGACACGUGGGGCGAUGCGGCCACGUCGACUUUAUCAAACGGCCACCUCUUCAAUUUUGAGAAUUCGGGACACGGUGACGUAUCGCUCACGAAUGAUAAUCUACAUGCUGUUUUCUCGUCCCACACCGGCCUCCUGAGUCACUUGAAUGGAAGGCCGGUCGGCCUCAGUUUCGGCGCCUACCGAUCAGUCGAUUUCCACAGCGGGGCCUAUCUGUUCAGACCUGAGACCGGAUCGCCACCGUUCAACGUAACAGGACGUUUCCCCAUGACGCGUCUCGUGCGAGGCCCGGUCAUGAGUGAGAUGAUCGUCGUUUAUCCCAAUACGGUCAUGCAGAGAGCGAGAGUAUAUCACACGACGGGCCCACUCUCGCUAGGUGUGGAACUGGAAACGAGUUUCGACCUUUCGAUCCGGAGAGAAUAUUUUGAGUUCUUCAUGACGAUCAAGUCUGACGUGUCGUCCGGUCAAGAAUUUUUCACCGACUCUGGCGGCUUCGAGAUCGUUCGACGGGUGCGGAACGAUCUUUUGCCGAUCGAGGCUAACUAUUAUCCAAUGACGGAAGCUCUGUUCAUCGAAGACGAUACCCGCCGUCUCACGCUUCUCGCCAACCAUCCCCACGGCGUCACUUCGAGCUCACCCGGUCAUCUUGAGGUGAUGCUCGAGCGCAAAUUGCGUCACGACGAUGCUCGAGGUCUCGGCGAGGGUGUUGUGGACAAUCUUCACACGAAGGCCAAGUUUUGGCUGUUGGCAGAGAGUCUUCAAGGAAAAACUGAAGUUCCUCUCCUGAGCCGAAACUCACACAUCCUGUCCACAAUGCUCAACUACCCGCCCAUCGUUCUCCAAUCGACGCCGCAGGCAGACCAACGUGAACUGAUCGAACAAGUUUCGUUUUUGCGGCAGCCCACAGCUUGUGAUCUUCAUUUACUCGCUAUUCGGACAAUGCCGUCAGAUAAGUACCACAAGCCGAGCGAUAAGGCUUUGAUGGUCCUCCAUCAUCGAGCUCCCGAUUGCAGAUUCUCAUCUGCGACUGGAUGUUCAGACAACUCGCGAGGCGUCGAUUUCGAAGACGGCCUCGUUGCUUUGAUUACGGAAACUAGUCUAACGGGCACUACAAACGGAAAAACGGUCCCCGGCAAGCGAAUUCAAGUCGCUCCGCACGAGCUCGCGUCUUUCGUCCUUCUAAUGAAGGAGGGAGAUGGUGAGGUUUUGAAAGCGGUCCCACACGAAGUUGAUGGCAUCGAAAGGCCUCCAUCAACAUGAAGCACGCGGAGGGUAGCGAUCGCAUGCGAUUUUCGGGCAGCUCGGUGAACGUGCGCGAAGGCUCCUUGGAUUUAAAUCCGAGAUGAGAGAUUUGAAUCGAGAGCUUCGUGCGAUCGAAACUUCGGUGAUGGAAGCUCGAGAUGGCUACUCGAGAGCUUGCUUGCAUGGUAGAAAUGUCCAGAAUUUGAUCAGCGUUGGGAAAUUGCUCUCAUUCCCCGAGAGAGAAAUGUUCCAGCCUGAAAGACGGUAUUGCCGGGCGAGAUCCAUCCAUGCCUCGGACGCUCGC